AAAACAUAUUAAACCUUUGAUUUUGUGUUUAUUAAUUUGCUUUAAAAGUAAUUCUCUUUUUGUUCCAAUACUUUGUUUCAAUGGUACAUCAUGUCCUCGGAAUUGGAACAAGUAAAACAGAUUUUUGUUAAUUACCAAAUUCCUCUCAACAUGGUAUGGCUGGAAAGUUGUAUCGAAUGGUGUAGAAGCGAUAAUUUGCCUGCUAAUUAUACAAUUAAAGCAUUACAGAAUAUGGUUUAUGAACAAUGGUUGAUAUUAGAUUUGAGAGAAGUUGAAAUUGCCUCUCUACCAAGGAACCUCUCAGCAGAGAUAUCAUAUUUAUUAAAUGGAGUUUUCUAUGUUCAAAUAAUGCAAAUAAUAGACAUUUCAAAGCCGAAAUUAUGGCAACUGCAAAGAAUUAGAAAUAAAGUCGGUAAAAAUACUGAAGUAGAAAAAGAUUUUGGAAAACGGGUUUUACAACUGACUCUCACUGAUGGAGUACAAGAAGUAGAAGCAAUGGAAUUCAAACCUUGUCCAUGUUUAAGUAUAAAUAAUCAACCUGGUUCAAAACUCAAAAUUAUCGGUCCACUUAAAGUUAGAAGAGGCCGAUUAAUGUUAGAACAACAAAAUGUAAAAAAUUUAGGAGGUUCCGUUGAUGAACUACUGAUAAAAAAUGCUGCAGAAAAUGUUUUAGCUAGAGCCUUAAGAUUAGAAGAAAAUCCCAAUCCCCAUACGUUUGAUGAGAAAAUUUUAGAGGUUGUUGAAUCUAAUAAUUCAAAUACACAGUUGAAUGCCACAAUAACUCAACAAAGAAAUAAUACAAAUGUCACAUUGAAUCAACAAAGAAUUAAUACAAAUGUUACAUUAAACCAACCAACACAAUCGAGAACCAACCAAAUUCCUCCAGAAUUUGAAAUGAACAAUGAUUGGUUAAGGGAGCUUGAAGAAGAUUUUGAAGAAAAUUCUAUUACCAAUAUUCCUAGUAAUUCUAAAACUACAAAUCGUACUUCUUCUCCCGAUUUAUUUGAAGAAAUGCAUAUUGAUGAUGAUUUACUGAAUGAACAUUUGGAUCAAAUGGAUAUAGAUUUGUCCAUUCCUAAAUCGGAUCAACCUAGUAGUAGUUUACCUUCGACUAGUUCUAAAAAUUUAAGAGAUACUGGGCAAAAUUCUCAUCGAUCUGAAAUAAUUACAUUAGACGAUAGCUUUGAUGAAAUAGAUAUUGAUUCGCAUUUAGAUAAUAUUGAUAAUGAAAUGGCUGGAAUGCCUUGCAGUACUCAAAAAGUUGUGGAAAUUAAAAAUAGAAUUAAGAGCCCAAUAUUGAAACAAAAAAUAACUAAACCAGCUGCACCAAAAAAACUAGCUCAAAGUAAAUUAACUUUUGGGAAUCUUAAUAAAAAAGGCAAUAGUGAUGAAGAGCCUUUUAGUAUAUUUAGUAAGAAUGCACAAAAAAGACCUUCAAGUGAAAGCAAGUCCCCUGAUAUUGCAGGACCAUCGUUUAAAAAACCUGCAAAUUUACCUUCUCCUGAAACGCUAACUUUUAAAGAACCCCAACAUACAAAUACUAGUGUAGCAAUUCCAAAAAUCAACAUAAUGACAAUAACAAAACUUAAACAAAUAAUACCAAAUAUAACUAAAGGCAAGUUUAAAAUCAAAGCUAAGUUCAAUAAGGUCGCUGAAAGGCUACAAACUACAGAAACCAGUUAUUAUUUGGCUAUAAAUGUCGUUGACGGUACAGGAGAUCUUACAGUGGAACUACAUUCUGAUGUAGUUACGGGUUUUGCAAAUACUAAACCUGAACAGUUGGCGAAAUUGAGAGAAAUGGUUUUGAAAAACGAAAAAGGGGCUUCUGGUGAAGUUUUAAAGAUCCUUAGGACUCUUCACGCAAAAUGUAUUGCACUGGACUGUAUAAUGGAGCUGGAGAUUACAAGAGGCCAGAAAUACCCAAUUGUGAUAAAAUUGAUGGAAUAAAUUUUCUUCUCUC